AACAAUGAGAAGAAAAAAAGUUAUCGCACUUUGCAUAACUUUUUGGUGGUAAAAUGAAGCUGUUGAUAAAAGGGUUAACCAUGGAAACAGCUGAUCCAACGGUAUUCGACAAACACUAAGUAAAUCCCUAGCUACCAUUAGCUCAUUAAUGAUAAGAAAGUAUUUAAAUGCUCAUUUAACUUAUUCAAUAUAGAAAAAGAUGAAACGUCUGAUAAAUCAACCAACUAUUGCUGUUCAGUCGAAAAUUCUUGAAGUGAUUUUGGACUAUUUUCAACAACGUUUAUUCAAGCAUUUUUUUUUGCAGAAAUUUCUUCUAGGAGGUUCAAUGGUUGAACAAAGCUGUGGAAAUUGCAGGGUUUUAUUAUGAAAUGUUGUACUUAAACACGACAAUAAAUAAUUAAAUCAAUCAAUUUCAAUCUUCUACAAUGUUUAGCAAUUUGAUAUUGAUUUUUCAUAAGGGCUUACUAACGAAGAUCGAUUUCUCUUCUUCGUUACUCUCUUAGCAUUAUUAUAGUAAACUGAUUAACUUUUCGAAACAUAUUUUAGUGUUGUACGAGAAGGGAUUACCAAAUCUUGCUUCGUAUGCAAAACACAUUGCAAAAUAUUUUUUUUUGUAAUGUUAUAAGCAAAAGUAAGAAUCGAUGAUAAGAAAACGAUGAAGCUGGUUGAACCCUUCUAAAGAAACAAUGUCGAAUUCUUUAGUAACACUUAAAUUAGAGACAAUACUUGAGUUUCUUUUCAGAACCAAGCUUAAAAAAAAUUGUUUUCAGUUCUUCUGCUUUCCUUUAUAUUGUUCUACAUUUGGUUAAGAAAAUUCUUGCUGAAAAUAUUUGAUGAAUCAUACUAUUACAAAAAGUCAAACGGCUUUCUGAUUUAUAUAAAAUAAGAAAUCGUGUAUCCCAAUCAAACUAAACUGUGAAUAAAAUUUGACUUUGUGUAAAAGGCGUAAUAAGUACCAUUGUAUUUAUUUUUUACAAAUCUUAGGUCGUCAAUAGCAUAAUGCGAUCUAAUAAGUCAGAUUAAGAAACAAUGUUUAUAACAAAAAUGGUCAAACAAGGAAACUAAAACAAACACAUUAGAAAAAAAGUGCGUUUUCAAUUAUUAAGGUUUGCCUGAAUGUACUCUUUAGUACUCUUUUACAUAGUUGAUAAAAUGUACUCUUUCCGGAGAGAUCAAAUAUGGUAACCCUAAACACACCAGCAGGUGUUGAAAAACAGAUCGCACCAAUUAAACCGCCUGCUGUGGUACCAUCCGUUUCGCAACCGAGAUAUGAACAUGAGCCCAACAGCGGCCUUUUAUUCUCACCUGACGAUCUAAGCGCUCUAUUGGCCAAAACUGAAACAGGACAAUCCAUCCUUCGGAAUAGUUUGAAAGGCCCAUUAUCCAAGGACAGCAAAAAAGAGCUAUCGAUAAUCAUUGCUGAUCAUCACAUUUUGCGUCAUUUCCACGAAAACAAUUUAUCUCUAUGCCGAUUGCCAAAAGCAGUACUUGAAAACUACGUGCACUGCAUUAAGCUACGUUUCCCUGCCGAAAUUGAAGAUAUGGUAACAUACUACAUUCCGGCUGCACCACCGGAAAGAAAAAAUCCCGGUGGAUCUAUCUAUCAGGCAUACAAGCGUCUAAAGGGUGCAAAACGUGAUCGUGAGCGGCGCGAGCUUCAGCACGCAGCUAAGCUAUCAACAAAAGAAAACCGCAGCCCUGAACGAGCCGAACAGUCUGAGGCCAACAGAUGGCUUUCUCUGAAUAAUGCACCAUGGGACACCGUGCUGAAAAUGUGGAAAACUACGGAAGCAUAUCGUUUUGAACAAAUAAAAUUACUGAAGCCGGUUGAAAUCAUUGCCAAAUUUCGACACUACGCAGAACCUCUGGGAUAUCAAUUGAUUGACGCCGACUAUCACUCCCUCGGAUUUUCGGAAGGCAUUGCGAAUUGGACCGAGCUAGUGAAAAAGUUGAAACCGUACUUUAUUCUCAAAGUACAUGAUGAGUUUUCAAUGACUGUCCUCGAAUAUAUGAAUCACGACGAUGCUACACACGAUGUGCUUGUAUGUUGUACGUUAAUUUUGCUGAAUUGCUGUGUGAAGCCAUGCAAAAUAAAUAAAAAUGCCAGGCCAGCGAUCCUUACUGCUCAGGAGGAUAUCUUGAUGUUUGCUGCAAAUGUGCAAAGUGGAGUCGACAACAUUCGCAAAUUGUUCGAGUCGUAUGCAACCCAGAACAUUCCUCCACACCCAAAAGUAAUCGCGUUGGGUUCCAGUUACAGGGACAUGUCUGGAGAGUUCUACGUCGUAUUUGAUCGCCUUUUAUACAAAACCAAUUCUGUAGCUCGGGCGGUUGACAUAGUUAUUAAGAUGUGCAAUGUUAUGAACAUCCCAUUUUCGAAAGUUACCAAGCUCAUAUGGUACACUGUUGAAGAAACCCUUUACAACAUUCGUGCACCCGCUCAGUACAAGGAAAUCGAAAUAAUUAAAAAGUUACAAAAAUGACCAAUUACAUCAAGUGUUUUUGUACAGGGUGUCAACAGAUGUUCACUGAAGUAAACGAAUAUAUCGCACACCUAAAAACUCACCGUCUGGAAAAACCGCUCCGAUUAGUAUGCACGUUUCAACAUUGUACUCAAAAGCUCACGAAUAUGUAUAGAUUUAGUCGUCAUCUUAAGACUCAUUUAAUUUGUCGUGAAGAACCAAUGGAAUACGACGAAAGCAAUAUAAAUGAUGAACAGCUCGCUGCUGCUAAUGAUACUGAAACGCCAAAUACCAGCUUGGUAUCCAAUAAAACAGUAGAAGCAGAGAAAUCAACUACGAUACAUGAGUCGAUUAGAACGGUCGAGCAGAAAGCGCUCAGCUUUAUACUCGCGUUACACAAGAAGAGAAAUUUUACCCGUAAAGAUGUGAUAGAUAUUCAAAGAGAAAUUAAAUCAAUGUAUUCUCAACUGGAGCAGCUCAUCCGAGCAUGUGCACCAGCAGCGAGUGAUCCUCAAGCGCAGUAUACAUUCGACGUUAUGUUAAGUAAAAUAUCUUCUUUAUUCGACUUUAUCGAUACUGAACAUAAGCUGUUUAAAUAUUUAAGAGAUAGAGAUCUGAUGAGAAAGCCACAAAUGUUUAUAAUUCAAAGAAACGGAAUUAUCAAUGUCGAUGUAAAUGAUGAUGAUUUUGCCCAGAAUAGUAAGGCUUGCUUGGUAUUGAUGGACCUAGAGUUCCAAAUUAGGAAGUUUCUAGAAAGCGAUAAUGUUUUGAAGAAAUGAAACAAAACGUAAAUACCUUAAUGGGAAAACCAAAUCUGUGUCACUAUAUCAAUGGUUCAACCUAUCAAAAGAUUUAUGCUAAAUAUCCAGACAGGACAAUAAUCCCAAUAUUUUUCUAUGCAGAUGAGUUUGAAAUAAAUGACCCGCUUAGCUCGCACUCCAAAAAACAUUGCAUUUGUGGGCUGUAUUACGG